CGUUCAUCACUCUGUAAGCAUUAGCAUUUCGCUGUUGCACAAGGACUUUUGAAUCUAAGCUCAUUUAAACGGUAGACGGACACAAAAGAACAAGAGUAUAUUUUAAUUAUUUGUACGCGAAACUAAAACGUUUAUCUCGGACGCGGUCACGUCUGUAUUUCGUGGUUAAUGUACUUGUAGCUAAAGCGGCUAAUGCUAACCGGCUAGCUGCUAUCCUGUCACAUAGCAGAGCAGAGAGUUGGUCCAUGUGAUUCAAGUUACACUUUAGUCACAGUUUUCCUCUCAAAUAAUGCUACCAACCCAAACGUUAUGUAACACAUGUUAUGAAACAGUGUCGUAGUUGUAUUUAGGUUAAUAUUACCGGCAGAAUGAGGGCUUGUUUUGGUGUUAAAACACAGCUGUUGAUAAGCAGAGUCUUCAGUCAUCCUGUCAGUCCAUCAGCUGCAGUGCGAUGGCGAGCAGCUCAGACCAGACUCUUCUGCAGCCCACCAACAGGUGAGGAAAAGCCCCAACCCUCCAUGCUGCGACACCUGAUCUCCAAAAUAAAAGCCACAGGUCCAAUUACAGUGGCGGAGUACAUGAGAGAGGUGCUCACCAACCCAUUGACAGGUUAUUAUGUGAGGAACAACAUGCUGGGACCUGAUGGAGAUUUCAUCACAUCACCAGAAAUCAGUCAGAUUUUCGGAGAGCUGCUCGGCGUGUGGAUCAUCAGUGAGUGGAUGGGAGCAGGUCGACCCAAACAUCUGCAGCUGGUUGAGCUCGGACCUGGAAAAGGAUCAUUGGCCAGCGACGUCCUCAGAGUGUUCAGUCAGUUGCAGUCACAGUUGUUCAACAGCCAGGAGGCAGACGCCAAAGAUGAGCCUGUGUACCGCCGAAACAUUUUCAAUGGGCUGCCGGUGUCUGGGAUGAAAGGCUGGAGGGAAGUGAUGGUGGACAUUGACCCAGAGAAGCCGGGCCAGCUGAGGUUCGUCGUGGUGCCAUCACCUACUCUGGCCUCAUCCACGCUCGUACAGGCAGAUGAAAGGCGAGGUCAUGUGGAGGUGUGUGCGGAGGGCGGAGUCUUUGUCCAGCAGCUGGCCCGGAGGAUCGAAAAUGACGGCGGUGCGGCGCUGAUCGCUGACUAUGGCCACGACGGAACCAAGACCGACACAUUCAGAGGUUUUAAAGGUCACCAGCUCCAUGACGUCCUGUCCUCCCCCGGCUCGGCCGACCUCACUGCCGAUGUGGACUUUAGCUACCUGCGGAAGAUGGCUGGAGGGGGCGUGGCCUGUCUGGGACCCGUCACUCAGAGGCUGUUCCUAAAAAACAUGGGCAUCGACUCCCGAAUGCAGGUUCUGCUGAGGAACUGCAGCGAUGCGUCCACCAGGAAGCAGCUGAUCAGCAGCUACGACAUGCUGACCAACCCCGCCAAGAUGGGCGAGCGCUUCCUCUUCUUCAGCCUGCUGCACCACAGCCGGCUGGCCGAACCAAAAAAGCAAGUGGGGCUGAAGCUGGAGAAGAAGAGCCCGGCGCCGCUUCCUGUGGCCGGAUUCACUGAACUCAGCUUCUCCUGAUGGUCUUCAACGGUCCAGAGACUUUCAUCAGCAGGGCGAGAAGGCUGGAAAUGAUCCGAAGUUUUGGAGCUCAGACAAUAAGGGAUGUUUCAGAGGAUCAUGGGACGAUUUACAGCUGAUAUUAAAAAGACUGAAAAGAAACUUGCUGUACUCUACCAAAUAUAAUAUCCACCUUGAAGUGAGUUUUUCUUUAAGUUAACUGUGAAAACAUUUUGAUUUAUUAAUGUAAGAAAAAUAAAGA